GUAUUUUAGACGUUUUCCAGUUUUUUUUUUGGAAUGGAAUUUCUCAACUUUUUUCUAAUUACUUCCAUCUUAUCUGCUCAAUGUUUUGCUGCCCCUCCGAAAUCCAAGAAACCCGAGCUAAAUCCCCGCCUGGGUCAUAACCAGGAGAAGAUUCGCACCAUUUUUUCCUCCAUCCUGCCCUCCCACUACGGUUACUCCUCCCCAGGUGCGGGAUAUAACGCCCACUUCCGACCACGCGGGGAAAAUGAGACAUCCAACGGUAACACCCCGACUAUUAUGCGGAUAAAUUUAAAAUCCUUAAAACUCAGCGCGCUAAGCGAUACUCAUUUGGAUGUGGUGGGAACCCUGGGUGUGGAAUAUUUGGAUUCCCGCCUCGCCUACGAGGCCCCGGAUGGGAUUAAAUUUAUAGAAGCUUCCGAAGCUAGAGCGCAGCUGUGGCUUCCUCGUCUUCGUAUUGGCGGGAAAUAUUUGAACAUUGGGCAGCGGGAUCGUUACAACGGGGGUGACAAUGACCACUUCGAGGAGAAUCCGAGAGCCUGGAUAAGUCCGGAAGGGUUGGUCCGGCAAGAUCUAGCGUUCGAGAGGGAGCUGACAGGGCGACAGGUAUCUUCGAACAGGACAGAAUUUGAAAUGAAAAUCCAGGACGAUAAGGACUUCGUGGAAGAUGUCCGACUCGAGUGGACCCUCGAUAAGGCUGUCACCCUGGCGGGCGAACCUGUCAAAUCAAUACAGGGAGCGAAGUACAAUGCUACCGUGACGAAAGAUAAGUGCGAACUUAUCGAGGACUUUGGUUCUUUUGGUCAACAGGAAUUUGGCUGUCUGAGGACUACCUUUGUUCUUCUGAAAACUGGUGACAAGAUUUCCACACGUUUUAAGCGUCCUUGACUUUUUUAAUCUCAAGUAUUUAUAGUGUUAAAUAUUUGACUUAUUUGAAUUUACUUGAUUUUCUGAUUUUUGAUAAAUUCAGAAUCAACAUGUUAAGUAUUCUAUCUGUCAAUAAAAAAAUCUGUACUA